UCUCGACUGGAGCGCAGCAGCUGGAGCCAGCGGGGACAGGCUCGCCGCACACCAGGUGUCUCUGCGGGGACUCAAGGCUGCAGAACUGCUCUGAGACUCGGCAGCGGGAGGCCGCGGGGGACUCCCGGACUGAGCCCUCGGUGCACUGGUGUCUGGAGGUGCAGAGCAGGAACCCCGCGCUGCGGCCGCACGCACCACUCACCUCGCCCCGCCGCCGCCGCCGUAGCCCAGGGGUGUCCUGGAGCCCGGAGCUCACCGGAGCUGGGGUCUAAACUGAAAGGACGGCCGUAAACCCAGGUGACCGAUUCAGGACCGUGGGUGGCGACGGUGACAGACCUGAAAAGUCCGGGGAUCGCGGGUGCCGAGCCGUCCAGCUCUGAGCGCUGGGGUCCACCACCCCGCGGAGAGGGCAACUGAGUGGGGCGGCGAGGAAGCAGUCCAGGGCUUCGCAGUCCCGGCGGUCCCGCAGGCACCUGGCUUGCGGUCGGUCGCGCGUAGAGGAGCGGGCAGGGCGCACCAUGGAAGCGAAGUGAGGCGGCCGGGGGUCGGCAGCCCCGCGGGCCAUGUACGGCGACGUGUUCAACACCACGGGCAGCCCCGAGGCGGCGGUAGGCGGCGCCCUGGCGCUGGCAGCCACGGUCAAGGCGGAGGGCGCUUUGCCGCUGGAGCUGGCCACCGCGCGCGGGAUGCGGGACGGGGCGGCCGCCAAGCCCGACCUGCCCACCUACCUGCUGCUCUUCUUCCUGCUGCUGCUGUCCGUGGCGCUCGUCAUCCUCUUCAUCGGCUGCCAGCUGCGCCACUCGGCCUUCGCCGCUCUGCCCCACGACCGCUCUCUGCGGGACGCGCGCGCGCCCUGGAAGAUGCGGCCGGUGUAGCUGCACCGGGUCUCGGUCUCGCCACCAGCAGUAGGUAUGAACUGGGCAGGGUGCGCCUGAUGCCCCUGGGAACACUGCACUUUGACCCCCACCCCCCACCCUUCCCGCCCUCGAGCAGCACCGUGUGCAUCAAGGGAGUCGGAGGCGUUAGGAGGCUGCAGAGGGUCCCCAUCCCCCUGGUCUCGGGGAACUGUGCUGCUGCCCUGGUGGAGGUUUUCUCCCUUGGGCAGCGGGACCAGCCGGGGUGCCUUCCUGAAGACAGCGCAUCCGCCGGGACCAGGAAGCCUUCCUCGCCGCCAGCUGACUUCCUUACUUUGCCCAAGGGGCAGGCAAGAGGAGUGUGCAGCUAGCCGAGCGCAGCUAGGUUCGAGCUGCCUGUCCGGACUCCUUGGCCCUGUGGCCGUCUUCUUGCGGCUACUACCGCCUCUCCCACUCUUUGGCACUGGAGAGUCCCACUAGGAUCCGAGUGUGAACUCCGCUGGACUUAGGAAUGAUGGCUCUCCGAGGCUUCGUCCCUGGGGUGGGAAGUGAGGGGACUCAGAGUUUAAAUGGGUCCCGCCCGGGUUCGAGGACCCAGUUUUCUUUGCCCGCAGGCAGGAAGGGGAAGCUGAUCUAGAGGUGGGGUCCCACCUGCAGCACUCUGUGGUCAGGGUGUCCUGGGUCAACAGGGGCCGCAUUUCUACAAUAAAACCUCACGGAAUUAGACCCAG